GGGUUGUAGACUAUGUAGGCACUUCCGAUAAACUUGGCGGGAAUAUCACACGCACCUUUUAUUGACAGAUAACGAUGUCGCAUAUUCACUAUUACAUAAAAGAAGAAAUAAGAAACAAUAAAAACAGACAUCGCUUCAGACAACUUGCAAGAGAAGUUUGUGGUGAAGUUUUUGAUGUGCCAGAAGAUAAUCGUGUUUUAUUUGCUUACCAAAAACUUCGUGGCAUGGAGACACUUGUUGGCGAAUUAAGUUUUCAACUUGCAAAUGAACAGUUGACAUCACCAGGGGUAACGUUUAAUUCGGAUUAUUUUCAUCAAGUCACAUUUAUGUUUGUGAAAUAUGAUUUUCAAGGAAUGGGAAUUGGUCGCCGUCUGAUAUCCAAAGUUUUAAAGAUUAUGACGGAAAAGUCUGUUCGGCCUGUUCGAGUACAAAGUGCAGAAAAAGCUGUUGGAUUCUUUGAGAAGAUGAAUUUUGUGUGUCAGUGUGAACCGAUUGAAAGUCUCUGUGGUGUGCAUUUAUUUCGAUUCAUGUAUAAUAUGGAAAGACCUCCAGGAAAACCUGCUUUUAAUUGAGAUCUGCAAACUUGUUACAUACCUGUGUACAAACAAACAAAAAGUGCAUUUCCAUGGAAGCAUGUGUAUUUAAUGUUUAAAAAA